GUCGUCGGCCAGUAACUCGGGCGACUGUGACACAGGAUGGCCAUUCAAAAAGAGUGAGGGUUCGUGUUGGUGACCUCACUUCGAACUACCGGCUUAGUUUUUGGAUAUAAACAAGGGAUAUUAUUUAAAAGAAAAAUGAAUAACGGUUCGUGCAAGGUGGACAAUACUGUGGACGCAAUUUCGAGCCGCGUUGCUGGAGUCACGGCGCUUACGGACCAACUUGACGAGGACUUCUUCCCCAACGAAGAAGUCAUGGGCAUCAUGUCCUUUGAGCAGAUGCUCAAGAGUCCGUCGCCAUCUCUUCAAGAUUGGGAUUUGAGUUUGGAAUUAGAAACUUCUGUCGACUGCGGUGAAAACGGCGGUCAUGAUCGCUCGAACGAAGAGGAAUUCUGGACUGUGAGUGAGUGUACAUGCACACCAGAGUCGACAACUUCGUCAUACUACACAGCUGCCGAAUUUGAACACUCGUAUUCAAAACCCAGCUGGCCGAAUGAGGAAAGGAACGAAGUUGUGGAGGUCGUGAAAACCCAACGGCUAAGAUUUUCAAGAGAGGGCUGCACCAUCGAUACAGAAACCACAGCCAAAUCCAUCAGCCAGGCUUCAUCCGCUGCCGAUGAAAUGAAAAUGCUCGCGACUCUGCAGGAAGAAACUUCCGACAACGAGGAGUGCCGUGACUGGCUGGAGCUGAAGGUGGUCGAGGUCAACCCUUGCCUGACCCAACUAGCAGAUACCCUGGAAGAGGCGGUGGAAUGGAGGAAGGCGCAUGCUGAGGUCAUACAGAAAAUUCAGAGCAAGAAGAGUCCUGUCAGUGAAUUAAAAGACCAAGCUGAGAGCGUGCUUUCAAAUCAGAACACUAGUCCAAAAGUGUAUGCAGCAAUGACUGACUCCCUGACAGCAGUUUGGGGAAAUGUAAAUAAACAUCUUGACACCAGAGCUCAAAUACUUGACCUCAAUGUUGCCUACCACAGAUGUGCUACGGAAUUUUUCGAAUACUGUAAAUGUCUCGAUAACCUCGCUUCAAGUGAAAUUCCUAUAGAAAUACCAGAGUUAAGGGAAAGGCUAAAUGAGCUCAAAGAAGGGCAGAGACUAUGUCUUAUUGCACUCAAUUCUGCAUUGAACAAAGGCACUACAUUGCUUGAACUUCUGACACAAAUGGAGGAAGAAGGAACACUAGAUUCUCGUCCUCAACAUAUACAACUGAACGCUCAGUUAGCAAAGGUACAAGUAGAAAGAUGGCUAGAGCAACUUCGCGAAAAACGAUGUAAAGUACAGGACGUCAUUGACAGUUCGAAGUUACAACUUGAACAGUGUCUAGCAUUAGCUCUGAUCACUGCUGAUCUCACAAUGCUCAAAAGACUUUUGACCGAACGAACAGACGCAUUACUGAAUACAGUCGAUGAACUAGGAGAUGGUGCAGCAUCGGCCCAACUCUUGCUUCACGAGCACAGAAAAAUAAUUCCCGAAGCCAAGGAGAUGCAAGAACCAGCACUGAAAAUUGUAAGAGCGACUGAAGAGUUUGCAGCUGGUGGGCAUUUUGCAGGCCCAGAGGCAUUGAGAGAGGCCUUCCUCCUCCUUGAACAAACUGCCACCUACCUGAACCAAAUCGACCAAAGGGAAGAAACUUUACAACGAGCGAUCGAUUUCUUCAAUGCUGCACAAUCAGCUCUGGUUAAACUUGAUCAACUUGAAGUGCAGCUAACGACCGGCGACCUGGGGCUGGGGUUCAGCCAAACAUCCCAGCUGCAUUCCAACAUCUCCAAGACUUUGGAAGAAGUAACCACCCCGUCUCUUAACCAAGGGUAUGCACUUCUCUCCGAUGUACCUGGAGCUAAAGGAGUGAAAAGAGCUGUGGAACAAAUCGAAAACAAAAAGAUAAGCCUUAGUGUCCAAUGUACGGCACAGAAGGAAGAAAACAUUAAGGCUACACAAAUGUAUAAUAACUUUAUUGAAAAACAUGGAGCACUACAAGCAUUUCUUACAAGUAUGGAUGAAUACCUCAAGGGUAUCAAUGAAGUCGGGGAUGAUCUGACAUCUGCCAAAGGAUACCUUCAGAUAUACCGAAAUAAUUUAAACGACUUACAGAACAAAGGGUCAGAGAUAAACGCAUUGCUAUCAACAAUCCCUGGAAUACUGGAGGUGGUCGACCAAAACAGAGGCGAAGAGGUAAAGGAGAAGGGUGACAGCUUGCACGAAUCAUGGUCAAGGCUGAUCCUAAAGCUUGAACGAAGAAUUAGGCACUGCUCAAGCUAUACAAAGGCUCACGAUCUGGGUAAGAGACUCCACAAGGAAAUAGACGGCGUUGUUAAAGCUAUGGACUCUGGUGAUGAAACCGGUGCACGAUCUCUCUGGGUCAGUUGCCAGCAGCUCAAUGCACAGUUUAACAACACAACAUCCAACUUUAAUAAAGACUCAAGGGAGGUCGGGACUGACGGCGGGCUAGAUCUAGAAGUGGCAAGGCAGUGUCUUGCUGAACUUUCAAGAGAGUUGGAAGCAAGAGUGGCAGCAACUGCCCAAAGGUGGACCACAUUUGUGGCUGAAAACGAAAACCGCCAAAAGGAUCGACAGCUCUGGGAGACAAACAUGGCGGCUAGUAAUAAGACUGUUGAUUGGGUUUCUAAACUUGACGCUCAGCUCUAUCCUGUAUUAAAUCCAGAGCUGCACAGUGCCAGGCAGCUGAGCAAUCAUGUUGAAGAAAAGCUCAACACAGUACUGCCAGAGAUAAAGAGGGCUCAACAAGAAAUCCAGCUCCGUAUAGAAACUGCUGAAGCUCUCCUUAGCAAAGGUGAUAUCAAAGGAAGUAAUGAAGGGAUACCAUCAAGGCUGAAGGAGCUUAACGAAAAGCUACAUACUAUAUCUGCAGAUUAUCAAGUCCUGUUGGAAAAAUUGCUUACUUUUUUCAACAACCUUUCACAGGUUGAGACCCGUGUUGAGACGUUACAAAGGGAGCAGAAAACCAUGGCCGAGGCUCAUAACUUGGAUGAGGCACUGUUGCAACUUAGGGAGUUUGAAUCGAACAAACAUGCAUUAGCAGAGAUGUUCAAUUUGUGCCUGAUUGAAAAUAGUCACAUUAACAAUAAGAUCAAAACUCAGGAAGGAAUGGCUGCGGAUUCUGACAUACGAACAAUUGACAAAGCUGUAGACACAUUGCGUUACAACUGGCAAAGGUUGUGUACUACCAGAGAGACUGAGCUGGCUAAGCAGGAGGCAAGGUGCCGGUUCGAUCAAGACCUGAUGGAAGCUGAUCAGUCUCUUCAUACACUUGCAUCUCAACUUACAGCAACCAGAGGACGAUACGGUGAAAACCUGGCAGAAGCAAAGGCUACUUCAACUGCUUUUGCCACUUUUGAAAAAACUAUUGAGCUCUUGGAAGUACGUUUGAAAGAGUUCACUACUGCAGGGCAAGAGUUGACGGGUGGUGAGAGAGGAGAGCAUAUCGAGAGGGAGUUGCAAGCGAUGAAAAACAUGUGGACAUCGGUAAAAGAACAAGUUGUAGACACAAGGCGCCGAAUCGACUUGGCUAUUGUAUUUUUCCAGCUCGUCGAAGAGGCUGAAGAGUGGUUCAAAGAAGGCAAUAGGGUCCUACUUAGCAUAGCACAGAGGUCAACAAAAGUCAAAAGCCCUGAAGAAGCUCAAGCUCUUCUAAAAGAAAUACACGUUUUCCUCAAACCAGGAGAAGAAAAGCAGAAUCAUAGGAUUGAAGAAAUUACAAGACUUGCCCGUGAGCUUUAUGGUGAAGAUGUUGAAGACCAUCUCAAGUUGGUUAAAUCAAGUAGUAAAGAGAUGAUGGAUUCAUUUGCACAAAUUAGCCAGAACUUAAAAUCAAUAGCAGAAAGGAUAAACACGCCGACCCCAGAGCCUAUUGUGGAACUGAUGGAUGUUGAAGAGGGCCCAAAAAAAGUUUACGAAGACUGGCAUUCCUCUCAAGUUGUCACGCAAGUUUCAUCAACAGCAUUUCAUGUUGAAAAUUUUGAAAUUAGGACAGAAGAAGCCUCUCCUGUUCACCAUGAGAAAGAGAGACAGAAAAAAUCGCCCAGCCCUCCUCUGAAAAAGACUAAAUUUGUGGAAGAGGUUCAUGGAGAAGCUCCGAGUUUUGUUUCUAAACUUCAAAACACAUCAGUAGAUGAAGGGUGUCGGUUCACAUUCGAAUGCCGUGUCACUGGAAAUCCAGAACCUGAAAUUGUCUGGGAAAAAGAUGGCUUGGUAAUAGAGAACAAUCCAGACUAUCAGGUUAAAUAUCAUGACGGACUGUGUACUUUAACGAUCGAAGAAACUUUCACAGAAGACUCGGCUAAGUUUUCCUGCAAAGCUACCAAUUUUGCUGGGGCGGAUGAAACAAGUGCAUAUCUUUCUGUCAGAGAAUGUGAACCAGAAAUUGAGCUUAUUCCAUCAUCGUUUGUAACACCACUGAGUACUGUGAGCUGUCAAGAAGGUGAAAAAUUAGUACUUAAGUGUCAUGUUGCUGGAGUACCUCUUCCUACUGUCCAGUGGUUUUAUGGCGAAAAAUGUCUCGACGAUGAGCCAAAUUUGCUCAUUACGUUCAACAAUGGUGAAGCAGUUCUGGUAAAAGAAAAUGUUAAAGUUGAAGACCAAGGCCAGUAUUCUUGCACAGCCACAAACCCAAAGGGCACACAGACUAGUACAGCCAAAGUCAUAGUAAAAAGUGCAUUAAAAAAAAUCCUUCCCUGGGGGAUGGGCAUCAGGGAGUUUAGGCACAUUAACACUGUGCUCGUAAAGGUCCAGGUUCAAAUCCAGUAA